AUGGGCAACCUGCCAUCUGCGCGAGUUACCCCAAAACGCCCUUUCUAUGUCUGCGGUGUAGAUUAUGCUGGACCAUAUAAGUUGGACGAACGAGUGCGAAGCCGCGUGACUUACAAGGCAUACAUUUGUAUUUUUGUAUGUUUUGUAACCAACGCAGUUCACAUUGAACUUGCUCACAAUUUAAGCACUAAUGUGUUUCUCAACUGUUUACGUCGUUUUAUAUCCCGUCGCGGCAAGUGCCAACACAUACAUUCAGACAACAGAACUAACUUUGUAGGGGCUCGCAACAAUCCAAAUGAAUUAACGGCGCUCUUGAAUAAAAAUAAAUUCCAAGAAAUUGUAAAUAAUUUUGUAUCUCAAGAACACAUCCAGUGGCACAUGAUUCCACCUCGUGCACCCCAUUUUGGAGGGUUAUUGGAGGGGGCGGUAAAAUCAGUUAAAAAACAUCUAUCACGUGUUAUUGGGGAAGCUAGGUUCACUUUCGAAGAAAUGCAUACGGUUCUAACACAAGUUGAAUGCUGUUUAAAUUCACGCCCACUUUCUCCACUCUCCAAUGAUCCAAACGACCUCACCCCUUUAACUCCUGGACACUUUCUUAUUGGAGACUCUUUAUCUGCAUUACCACAACCAGAUCUGAUUUAUGUCCCACGUACUCGUCUCUGA